GACAGAUCAAAAGAAAAGGAAUUAUCAAAUGUUUAUGAUGAAGUUAGUGAUCUUCUGUCUCAAAUGAAUUUAAAGUCUAGAUGUGGAAUUCUUCCUGUGCAAGACUCUGCAUCAGAUACAAGAACUCUAUCAGAAGUUCAGAUGUACCAAAGAAGUACUGAAUCAAAAGAUCUAGUGUUAGCUGCAGCUUCCUGCAUAACAACUGUUGAAAUGCCAGCAUCAGCAGCUGCUCUUCCUCUGGCUGCAUCACCUUACUCAGUCUUACAGAGUACGUUGGCUGACUCGUCUGUAUUGCCAGCACAAUUUACUAAAAAUUCAGGGGUAUCAUCCUCUUCCUCUGUAACAGAUGGUCUACAACUGAGCAGUAUUGAUUGGGAAGGAACCUUCUUCAGCGCUUCACCGGCCCAUGGGGGUAAUAGCCCUGGUGCAGCAGCUGACUUAAUUACACGCGUAAAACACUCGUAUCCACUAGCUCGUGAAACAGUGAGAAAUAGUUCAGAAUAUUCUGAUGCUCUGCAAUCUGAUCAACAUCAUUCUGAUAGUGCAGAUGAUUUGGUUUCAGACGAUGCUCUGGGACAACUUCAGAAGUGGUCUUUAAGCGAGCAAAUACUUAAGAAGACUUCUGUUCUGUCAAACCCUUUGUUGUCUGAAGGUGUAAUGCAACUGGAGUCUUUGAAGCGUUUUAAACAAACAAAGGAAACAUUGAACCCUGAUAAAGAUCAUGUCUCUUCCUCACAUCAGUUACAUGAACUAGUGCAGGAAAGUAAAAAUGUGCUAUCAGAAAACUAUGCCAGGGAAUCCAGUGUACACAGUUAUCAAGAUCAGUAUAAAAAAGAUGACAGCCUGGCUGAAAUGAUGCAAAAAGGCCAUAAUAUAAGCAGUUUAGCAUCUCUAGCCCUCAGUGGGCAAACAGAGACACUGCAUCCUGGGUGUGAAAUGCUUCCAGCGUCUCAAAAGCCAGCAGAUGUUGUAACUGGCUGUCACAUUAAAAAAGCUGGUGCUCAAACUGCUUGGAAAACUUCUUUUACAAAGAGUGUGUGUCAGAAGAGAUGUUCUUCUAGUGAAGACAGUGAUGAUGGGAACACGAAUGAAAAUCUGAUUUAUGAGCAGCAGAAAAGGCAACUGAACCCUGGUCAGUUUAAAAAAUGUUUUGCAAAGAAAAGGAGUAAUGUUGUUACUAGCAAAAGAACAAACAGUGACUCAGCACUUACAAUGAAAGGGAAGGAAAAGACCAAUUUUAAAAAAGCUGGUCAUAGUUUCUCUUUGCAAGUGUCUCCAAAACUGUCCUCUGAAGGGGAAGUUAAUUGUUCCCAAAGUCCAGAGCAACCAUUUGAGAGGUUGGGUUCUGCACCCACACAGCAAGCCAGUAGUGCUGUUCUGACUUGUGCAUGGGCAGACAGUCCCCUUCCUCUGUCUGAAAGACUAAAAGGAAGAAUCAAAAUCAAUUAG